UUUUCCUCGCUCAUGGAGCGCCCUCGCUAACAUGCGCCUCUUUUAAUUUUUUUUAGGUAACAGAAAAUUGGAAAUUCAGAGCUGGCAAAGGGUGCGGAGAGAGAAAAGGUGAGACAAAGGGAGAGAGGAAAAGUCUGCCUUUUCUUUUUGGAUUGGGGUUGCAACUUGCAAGUGUUGAAGACUUGAAGCAUCUUGUCGGGGGAGACUUGUAAUUAAAAUAUUAAUUUUUCUAAUUUAGAUGAGCGUGGUGUGUGACUGUGUGUACAUAAUACGUACAAUAUUCAUACACAUGUGUACUGUUCCUUUGUAACACAUCGCAAAGCCUAUCAUCUUGAGAGAACCAAGUUGUGGCAGUUCUCAGCAGCUGCUGCAAUGGCUUUCAUUUCAGGGGUCAACAUGAACUUCUCACGCAACAUGGACGAUGAAUAUGAGAAACUCUUCAGAAGAAUGAACCCACCCAGAGUUGUAAUUGAUAAUGAAUCAUGCAAGAAUGCCACUGUUAUACGGGUCGAUAGUGCAAACAAGCAUGGCAUACUCCUUGAAGUUGUACAAAUUCUCACUGAUCUAAACCUCAUAAUAACAAAAGCUUACAUAUCCUCAGAUGGGGGAUGGUUCAUGGAUGUUUUUAAUGUCACUGACCAUGAUGGGAAGAAGGUUACAGAUGAAGCUAUUCUGAAGUACAUUCGAAAGUCUCUUGGCCCGGAAUCUUGCUCUACGUCUUCCAUAAGAUCUGUUGGGGUCAAACAAACGAUGGAGCACACCGCAAUAGAGCUAUUGGGAAGUGAUAGGCCAGGGUUGCUUUCAGAAGUGAGUGCUGUUCUAACCAAUCUCAAGUGCAACAUAGUGAAUGCAGAGGUGUGGACUCACAAUACCCGGGCAGCAGCUGUGAUGCAUGUAACUGAUGAAAAAACGGGUUCUGCUAUCACUGAUCCACAGAGACUCUCUGUAAUUAAGGAGCUAUUAUGCAAUGUGCUGGCUGGUGGCAACAGAGUCAGGGGAGCUAGCAGUGUAGUCACUGAGGAAGUGACUCAUACCGAGAGAAGACUUCACCAGAUGAUGUUUGCUGAUAGGGAUUAUGAGCGAGUUGAUGAUGAUGACUAUGUUGAUGAGAAAAGUAGACCAAAAGUGACUGUUGUUAAUUUGUCCGAUAAUGAUUACUCUGUAGUUACUAUCCAAUGUAAGGAUAGGGCCAAACUUCUCUUCGACAUAGUUUUCACUUUGACGGACAUGCAAUAUGUGGUUUUCCAUGCAAGUAUUGAUUCUGAAGGGCCAAAUGCAUAUCAGGAAUAUUACAUCAAGCACAUAGACGGAUCCCCUGUAAAAUCAGAUGCAGAGAGACACAGAGUGAUACAAUGUCUUGAAGCUGCUAUUAAGAGAAGAGUAUCUGAGGGUUUGAAGCUAGAACUAUGUGCAACAGACAGAGUUGGACUGCUAUCAGAUGUGACACGAAUUAUCCGAGAGAACAGCCUAACGGUUACAAGGGCGGAGGUGACGACCAAAGGUGGCAAAGCUGUCAAUACUUUCUAUGUUGGAGGGGCUUCAGGUUGCCUUGUCGAGUCCAAGACCAUAGAAUCCAUUCGCCAAGCGAUUGGCAACACUAUACUUAAAGUAAAGGGAAAGCCGGAAGAGUUAAAACCUGCUCCUCAGGAUUCUCCAACCAGAUUCCUCUUUGGUGGUCUUUUCAAAUCCAGAUCCUUUGCUAACUUUGGCAUGGUUAAGUCUUACUCUUGAGUCUGAAUUACAACAUGCUUUCCUUUGUUCGUUGUACAGGAAAAAUGAAGAUGCAAACCUUAGUAGACUACUGUCCAAUAUUCUCACCUUAAAACACGUUUGACCAUAGUUUAGCAAAUAAAAGCAUUGAACCUUUACAGUUGCCUUGUAAAUACACCCCAACGUCAGUUCUCAAUCUUUAUCUUCAAAGCUUUGUCACUCUCAACCCAAUCUUGAGUUGGAACGAUGAAAGCAAAUACAACUUUAAUUGUGCAACGCCAUUGAAUUAGUUCCAAAUGUAAACAUUUGUAUAUAAAAUUUAUUUCCCAAGUAUGAUUUAA